AUGAACAAACUUGCAUUCGUUGAAGGUAAUGCCGAACAACGAAAUAAAGCAAUAAACAAUCUUCUGGUGUUGACUCGUGAUUCUGAGACAGGAGCAGAACGGGUGUGGAAUGAUGGCAAGAUUGUUGACACAAUUUUGGGUAUUAUCAGCGACACGAAAAUGGAUGGAGAAUAUAUUUUGGGUGCUGUGCGAGUGCUCGAUGAAGUCGUGAAGAACAGUAAACGGGCAAUGAAGCUUAUCGAUAAACUGGGAAUGCCAAAAUUGUUGAAGUUAUUAACUCUACGCAACGAUCAACAAUAUGUUGAUGCUACUGGUGUGAUCAUACAGAGAAUGUUUAAUGCACUCGCAAAAAUGGACCGACAAAAGGAGAUUAAACCGGAUCCAGAAGAAAAGGAGAUUAAACCGGAUCCAGAAGUAACGGCUUCGGUAAGGGAAACACUAAUCGACUUAUUGCUGAAAAAUUUGAUGCAUAUGGAUGGAGGUCUGCCGCGUGGUUGGAGUUGGCGUUUUGUUGAAGAUCGAGAUGUACACAGCACAUUUAUCGUCAAGUGCCGAUACAUUUAUGGUAUUUACGAGNUGCUGAAAUUGUUGCACAUAGCCACUCAAGUACCUGAGCAAUGCGAUUAUCCGGUAUCGGCAGAAACGCGUCAACAUUUAGCGAUAUGUUUGGCACGUUUAAAUGAUGAUAUGGUUUUUGAUAAUAGACGUGCGGUUUACAAGGAGCGUGUUGACGCUUUUUUCAACAAUUUGAUGGAGAAAUUGGACGAUCCUAAAGUAAAAGUGAAAAUGGCUUCAUUGUUGUUAACACUACUGCAGGGACCAGUUGAUGUGGGCAUAAAUUUGGUCACAAACGAUCAUAUCACAGCAAUGAUGCUUGAAAUGGCCGAUGAUGACGAUCAUUUACAUCAGAGUAUUGCCGCUGAACUAAUCGUACAGACAGUGAGUAAGCACGAACGUGCAACAACCAUACUCAAGUUUGGAUUACCAAUAUUGCGUAAGCUGUAUGAGUCGAGCGACGACAAUGUAAGGGUUCGUGCCUUAGUUGGUCUCUGUAAGUGUGCGUCUGCGGGUGGUGAUGAUUCCAGUAAGCAAACAAUGCAGGAGGGCAGUACCAUCAAAUUGGCGUCCACCUGUAAGAAAUUUCUUUUGGAUAUCGAUCGACAUAGCGUUGAUGUUCGAAGGUUUGCAUGCGAAGCUCUCUCGUACUUAUCGCUUGAUGCGGAUGUCAAAGAAUGGAUAUGUGAUGACCCACUCUUAUUACAGGCUUUAUUAGUGCUUGCAAAGACGGCCGGAGCAUUGUGUGUAUAUACUUUGGCGAGCAUCUAUGUGAAUCUAACAAAUUCAUAUGAAAAGCCAAAAAUCGAUGAGGAGUUGGUGAAGUUGGCACAGUUUGCAAAGCAUCACGUACCAGAAACACAUCCGAAGGAUACUGAGGACUGUAUUGAGAAAAGGGUUCGUUCAUUGGUGAAAGAUGGCGCAACAUCAGCGUGCAUUGCCAUCUCGAAAACUGAGAGUAAGAAUGCUUUGGAAAUGCUCUCAAGAGCUUUGCUUGCAUUCACCGAAUUUAAAGAUCUUCGAGGACAAAUUCUAAGUGAAGGUGGUGCGAAGUUAUUACUUCGUUUGACAAAAGAAGCAACGCCCGAAGGGAAAAUAAAAGCUGCACAUGCGAUUGCCCGACUUGGCACUGAGGCAGACCCAACGAUCGCCUUCCCAGGACAACGUGCCUAUGAAGUGGUGAAGCCGUUGGCUGAAUUGUUGCAUCCUGACAUCGAGGGAAGACCCAACUACGAUGCGCUGUUAACGCUCACCAAUCUUGCGAGUGUGAGUGAUUCGAUUCGUAAGUGUAUUCUGAAGGAGAAAGUGGUGCCAAAAGCCGAGGAGUAUUGGUAUAUGACAGAUCAUCCGCAUCUGCGCGCCGCUGCAGCCGAAUUGUUUUUAAAUUUAUUAUUCUGUGAAGACUUCUUCAAACAAACUGUUCGAAAAGGAACCGAUCGGCUGAAAUUAUGGGUUCUGUAUUCGGCCGAACAAGAUGAACGAUUGGCAAUGGCUUCGACGGCCGGUUUUGCGAUGUUGACCGAAGAUGAGGAUGCGUGCAAACGAAUUAUUGAUGAGAUGAAAAGUUGGACGGAUGUUCUGAAAGAGAUUUGUAUGGCUGAACAGAGUGAAGUGCAACGGCGAGGACUUAUUGCCAUCGCCAAUAUGGUCGAGUCUUCGGAAAAAGUGGCCUCAGAAAUCAUUGCGAGUGAUAUAUUCAACGUUCUGGUAGCCAUAACAAAACUGAAGAACAAAAGUCGUGCUGGAGCGCAGAAAGAAGCACAACGUGCAUUGGAUGCUGCGGUCAAAUGGGGUAUUAUUAAGCCAUCAGAACGUGAGAUUUACGAGAAAACAACUGGAAUAUCGACAAUCGCUGAAGAAUAA